CGGAAAAACUUGUUUUCGGAAUUACCAUUAUAGUGCCUAAUGGAUUUCCUGAAAGAUAUGGAAACCAGAGGGGAAAAAAAUGAUAAUUUUACGUUUUGCCGUGUAAUGAUGAGACAUUGUUAAAGAACAUUUAGUACUGAUAUUUGAAAGUUUAAUUACAAAUAUGGCAUGUCGUGAGUUGCAGACGGCAGACCUGAUCCAGACCGGAAUGGACAGACCGGCGUCCCCGGCUCGCCUAGCUUACACUUCGGACAAACAUCCUCGACACACCCUGGAGGCAAUCAACGUGUUAAGGAAACACCGCGAAUUGUGCGACGUCGUCCUUAUUGUGGGAAAUAAAAAGAUUUUUGCUCAUCGCGUCAUCCUGUCUGCGUGUAGUCCAUACUUCCAUGCCAUGUUCACUGGAGAGCUGGCAGAGAGUCGGCAGACAGAGGUGACAAUAAGAGACAUUGAUGAGACAGCUAUGGAGUUAUUAAUAGACUUUUGUUAUACCUCGAACAUUACGGUGGAGGAGGGGAAUGUCCAAACCCUCCUUCCUGCAGCCUGCCUUUUACAGCUGGCAGAAAUACAAGAUGUGUGCUGUGAGUUUCUCAAAAGACAGCUAGACCCUUCCAACUGCCUUGGUAUCCGAGCCUUUGCUGACACACACGCUUGCAGGGAACUAUUAAGGAUUGCUGAUAAAUUUACUCAGCAUAAUUUUCAAGAGGUGAUGGAGAGUGAGGAAUUCAUGCUUCUUCCUGUUAAUCAGUUGGUGGACAUCAUUUCCAGUGAUGAAUUAAAUGUUCGUAGUGAGGAACAAGUCUACAAUGCAGUUGUUAACUGGGUCAAGUUUAACAUUUCUGAAAGGCGUUCACACCUACCAGUGGUUGUUCAGCAUGUCCGUCUUCCCUUGAUGAGUCCCAAAUUCUUGGUUGGGACAGUUGGGUCUGAACUACUUAUUAAAAGUGAUGACACAUGUAGAGACUUAGUGGACGAGGCCAAAAACUAUCUCCUUCUUCCUCAAGAGCGACCCCUCAUGCAAGGUCCCAGGACCCGUCCACGUAAACCAAUCAGAUGUGGGGAGGUUUUAUUUGCAGUUGGGGGCUGGUGCAGUGGUGAUGCCAUUUCCAGUGUGGAGCGGUUUGAUCCCCAGACCAGUGAGUGGCGAAUGGUGGCUCCAAUGUCCAAGCGGCGCUGUGGAGUCGGGGUGGCUGUACUGAAUGACCUUCUAUAUGCUGUGGGAGGACAUGAUGGACAGUCGUACCUUAACAGUAUUGAAAGAUUUGAUCCCCAGACAAACCAGUGGAGUGGGGACGUGGCUCCAACGAGUUCCUGUCGGACAAGUGUGGGAGUCGCCGUACUCGACAAUUAUAUGUACGCUGUUGGCGGCCAGGACGGGGUCUCCUGUCUUAAUUUUGUGGAGAGGUAUGAUCCUCAGCUAAACAAGUGGACUAAGGUAGCUUCUAUGAGUACCAGGAGGCUAGGGGUGGGUGUGGCAGUCCUGGGUGGAUAUCUGUACGCCGUGGGGGGCUCUGAUGGAACAUCUCCUUUAAACACAGUUGAGAGAUAUGAUCCAAGGAGCAAUCGUUGGACACCAGUCUCUCCCAUGGGUACCCGGCGUAAACACUUGGGAGUGGCUGUAUAUAACAACAUGAUUUACGCCGUGGGAGGGAGAGACGACACGACAGAGUUAAGCAGUGCAGAACGGUACAACCCCCAAACUAACUCCUGGCAGGCGGUGGUGGCCAUGACGUCGCGGAGAAGUGGGGUGGGUUUAGCUGUGGUGAAUGGACAGUUGAUGGCCAUAGGAGGCUUUGAUGGAACAACCUACUUAAAGACAAUAGAGGUGUUUGAUUCAGAGGCAAACUGCUGGAAGUUAUGUGGGGGAAUGAAUUAUCGCAGACUUGGAGGAGGAGUCGGUGUUGUCCGAAUGCCCCAACACGAAUCUCAUCUUUGGUAAUCCGUGAAAUGGUGCUUACAAAAUGAAACAUAGGGCAUUACAAUAGCUGCAAUAAAAUGGGGAGUCCUACACAAAACUCAACUCAACUCAACAGCAGGCAAAAGGAUUUUACUAUGAAGCAUUACAUAUGCGAUAGAUAGUGUUCCCCUUCUAUGCCUACAUGAACUGCUUUCAGCUAUGUACACUUUUCGAGUAUUUAUCCAGUUUAUAAACUGUAGUGCUUUCAUGUCCAAGUUUACCACAAGGGUUAACCCCUCACACUCCCGUGAUUGCUGCAGUUCUUUGCCUUUUUUCGUCACUCUUUCAUAAAGCAAAGAAAGCAGUAUAUGAUAAGCACCCCAUUAAGUAAUCUCAGUGCGAUUACCUGUUAAGUUCCGUAUAGUAAUCUCAGUGCGAUUACCUGUUAAGUUCCGUAUAGUAAUCUCAGUGCGAUUACCUGCUAAGUUCUGUAAGUAUCAACUUGUUGUCAAAUACCAGUGAUAUAAAGCCUGACAGGCACUCGCUUCAUUGUAUUUCAACUAAGUUAUAAAGAUUUUCACAGAUAUCAUUAUAUAUUGUUGAUAUUCAAUUUGUGUGUGUGUGGACAUUUUAAAUGUUUGAAUGAUAUUUUAAAAGAGUGGAUGUUGAUGUUUGUAGAUGUAUAUAACAAAGGUAUUACUACAUAUAUGUAUUAUAAGACAAUAAUGAGUUUUACUGAAAUAUUUUGCUCAUGGUAACUGCUGCAGCUGUAACAAUCAUAUGCAUUUCAUUUGCUUUGACAUUUUAUAAUCCAUGUUCCACAAAUUAGCUUUUUUAAAAGAUAUCUUUUAAUGUAUGCUUUUAUCAGAAAUUUGUAAAUGUGUGCUUUUUCUCCCAGUUGAAAGCAUUGUAUCUUUUUGUCAUGAAAAAUGCAAAUCUACGUGAAUAAUUGUGAAUAAUAAAUACCUUGAUAUGAGUAA